CAAACCAUCGCACACGAUUGCUUCGCGCUUUUUGCCUUUAAAGGCAGAAACGCGCGCUGCAGAAAAACAAUCGCACUCGAAUUCCACAGCACGCCUGGUGGUUCAAAAGAAGCGGGGAAAAUGUGUGGACUUGCCACAACACACGCGCUAUUGAUUCAUUCCAGGGAUUUAAGCCCACCUCGCAGAUCAUUCACAACCGUUUUUUUUCUAUCAAACACUACUACAAAAUGCCUGCUACAAGACCUAACUUGCAAUCUGUUGAAUGCCCUGUCUGCCACAGGGUUAUUAGCCGCAAGGCCGAUCUUCCUAGACACAUGCGUAUACACGCUGAAAAUAAGGAUGCACUUAAGCACGCAUGCCCAUAUGAUGGAUGUGAUUACAAAACCCUCCAAAAGUCCAACGUCCAGACGCACAUCAGGACCCACACCGGGGAACGCUCUAAAAUGUGCCUUCACCCUGGAUGUAAAUUUUCUACCACCGAUCCAGGCAGCCUGACGCGGCACCGCAAGUCAGAACACGGUUACAAGCCCAAAGCGCGUCACAUUCCAGACGGCAAAGCUGCUCGACAGUCCGCCGCCGCGCCUUACCCUUGUAUUCGAUUUGUGAAGCCAAAGGUCUCACACCCUGCGGUGCACUCUCGCCCUCCGAGUCCAGCGACUCCCAAAUCCCAGGCGAGUUCACGGAACUCUCCUUGGACCGACUCUUCCCCGAUCUCUCUGCCGAAAGCUUCACCUCCAUAUGUGGUCAGCCCUCUCAGCUCCCCGUACACACCCCGAACUACCUCCAGCCUCCGACCGUCCCCGUCGAUCUCUCCGCUCUCUACAUCGACCCGCAGUUGCUCUCCGAUGCCGCGCAUCCGCAGCCCAUUCACGCUGUCGGAUUUCAGUCUCAGUCCCAGCCCAUCGCCAAUGAGGACUUUCAGUACCAGCCCGUCUCCGGAACAGAUGUGAACAACAAAUCACCAGUUGAUCUGGAGGAGUUUUUACAAAAAUAUGGCUCGGGGUUCUUUGAAGACCGCUGCGAGUAUCCUGAAAAUGCACCGUAUUCGACGGCAGAGCCCUCGUUUACAAACGAAUACAACGUCUAUUGAAUAUUCUCUUUCAUCUUUCAUCUUUUAUCUUUCACCUUUCAUCUCGUUGUCAAAUCACCUGUGCAUCAGCAUCACAAAUACAUGUAGAACUCGGAAUUAUCAUUAUUGGUCAUUUAUUUCACAUCACUUGCAUCCUUUGUACAUAUCUUCAACUUCAAAUUACUGGAUGUACCAUUGACAG